AUUUUCUGUUCUUGUCUGAUUCUUUGGCAAUCCCAAUUACUAAUUCGAUAAUCGAAGUUCCAUUAUUUUCCUGGUCUGCAGAGAAAGGCGAAGCGUCUAAGCAUCAAAUUCUUCUCACUCUUCGUUUCGCUGGAAUCUCCCGGAAACUCGGAGAAGACUGUGACCCAUGCCACUUCCCUCUCCUAACUAGAGGACAAUUUUGUAGACAUGGAGGUUCUGUCUUGUAGCUCAGUUCCAAACAUUAAUGUUCUGUUCUUGAGGUCAAACUGUGCUGGAAAAACCUUGAAUCCAAGUUUUGUAAACCUAUCUGGUUUAAGAAAACGUGAAAUCUUGUGUGUUAGAAUCAAAGCUAGAAGAAGAUUUUCUCAACCAAAGGUCCUAUGUAGUAGCUAUGGUGGCUAUGUGGUUGAUGGAGAAGGAAGUUCGGUAAGCAUAUCGGAGAGUGGCGGCGAGUCGGCGACGAAAGUUCAAAUUCCUGGUUUGCCUGAUGAAUCUAAUGGUGAAUCCAGUGCUCAAAUCAGUAGUUGUUUUUGGGAAUGGAAACCAAAACUUAGUGUUCACUAUGAAAAAGCUGGAACUGAAUAUGUGAACUCUCCACCUGUGCUUUUUCUUCCUGGUUUUGGGGUUGGUUCCUUCCACUAUGAGAAGCAACUUAAAGAUUUGGGACGUGAUUAUAGGGUAUGGGCCAUAGAUUUUCUUGGCCAGGGCAUGUCAUUACCAGUUGAAGAUCCCACUUCAUCUUCUAAGGAAGGAAAUGAAUCAAAUGGGCAAGAUUCUUCUUGGGGUUUUGGAGAUGAGACUGAACCAUGGGCAUCUGAGCUUGUUUACUCUAUUGAUUUGUGGCAGGAUCAAGUUCGCUAUUUCAUCGAACAGGUCAUUGGUGAGCCAGUCUACAUUGUGGGCAAUUCCCUUGGAGGGUUUGUGGCAUUAUACUUUGCAGCCUGCAAUCCUGAACUAGUAAAGGGUGUUACGUUGCUAAAUGCAACACCAUUCUGGGGAUUCUUUCCUAAUCCUAUAAGAUCACCAAGAUUAGCCAAAAUAUUCCCUUGGAGUGGAAAGUUUCCAUUACCAGACAGUGUGAGAAAGCUCACAAAAUUCGUUUGGCAGAAAAUAAGUGACCCCGAGAGCAUCGGAGACAUCCUCAGGCAAGUCUACGCAGAUCACACGACGAAUGUCGACAACGUGUUUUGUCGUAUCGUGGAAACAACACAGCAUCCAGCUGCAGCUGCAUCUUUUGCAUCAAUUAUGUUUGCUCCUCAGGGAAAGCUAUCAUUUUGGGAAGCUUUAUCAAGAUGCCAUACGAAUUCAGUGCCAGUUUGUCUGAUAUAUGGAAAAGAAGACCCGUGGGUGAAACCUGUUUGGGGGCUUCAGGUGAAAAGGCGAAUGCCUGAGGCUCCAUAUUAUGAGAUUAGCCCUGCUGGCCAUUGUCCCCAUGAUGAAGUCCCUGAGGUUGUGAACUUCUUACUACGUGGGUGGAUAAAGAACCUAGAGACAGAAGGCUCAGUGGCGUUGCCUCUGGUGGGGGAACCAGACAGCAUUGGAGACGGCAACGUUGUGAAGGAUUUGGAAUUUGCACGAGAAGGAUCAAAGAAGUCUGUGUCUGUCCGAUUGUACGGAUCCACUUCUUCGGUUUUGGAACGGAUAACCUCUUUAUUCAAAACUGCAACAGUCAAAGCUUAACAACUAGAAAGAAUGUUUGUUUUUGGUGCUUGUUUUUAAGCUUUGCCUUGCGUUGUAAGAAACCCAAAACAAACUCCUUUUUCCCAUUUUGUACAGAAAAGCUUAGAAAAGAAAGAGAUUGGAAAUAUGAUUACCUCA